GGAUGAUUGAGCGCAACAGAGGGCCGAUUACAAGGACAUGAGAAAUUAUUGAGCAGGACUAAAGAUAUUGCAGAAUACGCGCCACUGAAAAAUGUGGACAGAGCUUAUUUGGAUUGUGACUGCGCUGGCAGUCCUAGUCCCAGCUCAAGGCAACCCUCCAGUGAUAACAAAUUUCCCAGAGAAGGAUUUGGUUAAUCCAGAGGACGUGAAAUUCAGGUCGGAUCAUGGCUUCACACUUCCUUGCAAGGCUAUCGGGUCAAACUUAACGUGGACUUGGGAACACAACGGUACAGCUAUAACCGAUUUUGGUGGUAGUUCACGCUUUAACCUGGACAAAAAUGGUACCUUGACUGGCACUUACCUCCGCGCUACUGACAGUGGUACAUACCAGUGUUUUGUCAAAAACGAAGUCACGGGCGCCGUUGCAUUUAGCAGGAAGCUUAAAGUCGCUGUCACAGUCACUGGAACCUUCACCAAUAAAAAAGAUGUGGUGGUAAAGGUCAAUCUCGGCGACCCUUUCUCCUUCGACUGUCCUCCUCAUACACACAGCUAUGGAGUGGUUUACAGCUGGGGAAACAGUCAUGACAGAGUAGCGUACACAUUCGUAAGAAAUCAACGUCGGUCCAUUUUAAGCAAUGGUACUUUGUAUAUGACUUAUUUAACGCAAAAAGACAUUGAUGAUAUCGAAUCGUACAAGGGCAUCAGGUGUACCAUCUCUGGAGCGAACGGUUUUCAAAGGUCUGGGACCUUGAGACUGGAGAAGUUUAAUGAGAAUCAAACAGAUUCUGAGAACUCUACUUCACCCUCGUGGUAUCUUACGCCGAACGUGAUAGAGACCGCCGUACAAGGAAAGAGCAAGAGUUUGUACUGCUUCGCAAAUGGAAGACCAUCACCCAAAAUUACUUGGAAGAAGGACGGACGCCAGAUCACAGACGGAGAGAACUCUUUCAGCAUCUCUGCCGCAUUCUAUGGAAGACGGCUUUUCAUUGCAAGUGUUGAUGAAACCAAUCAUCAGGGCGUCUACACUUGCGAAGCCGAAAACGCUAUGAACAUAGGCAACCCAGUCAUUUUCAACACUACACUUACAGUAGAAGCUUCGCCAAAAUGGACAGAUAAUCCUCCACCAAAUAGCACCAACAUCGUCAUUGAAAACAACGGCACAUUGGAGUGUAAAGUCACAGCAAACCCUGCUGCAAUAGUGACAUGGUUUAAAGACGGAGUAUCACUUCAAUCUGCAGGGCAUCUUGUGGUGGCUGAAGACAAGUUACACCUGACAAAUGUAAAUCUUAGCGAUACUGGUAUCUAUCAGUGCGAGGCCGAAAAUGCUCAUGGAAGUAUAAUAUCGUCAACUUGGGUCCAAGUGACAGCUUGGAAGCCAUCUUUCGAAAACGUGCAGUUCGGUCCUUUCCGCCUACUCAAUAAGAAAGAGGCCAAGUUACCUUGUAAAUCCAGUACAGCUGCUCCGCAACCAUCAUAUCACUGGUUUAAAGAUGGCGAGCUUAUUACUUACGACGAGAACAGUCGCUACAAGUUGGACAUGGACGCAACGCUGCUUAUAAAAGAAGUAGAUAAGGAUCUAGAUGGUGUCAACUACACUUGCAAGGCAAAGAACCUUAUGGGCGAAGACUCUAUAACCACAGUGCCAAUCAUUCUUGUUCCCCCGAUGUUAACAACAGAGCCCAUGGACCGGACAAUCCUUGAGGGUACCAAUGUAACUUUCCAAUGCAGUGCCACAGGAAACCCAACUCCAAAGAUAACAUGGACAAAAGAUGGCAAGGAAUUGGGCUCUGGGAAGAUUCUAAGCUUUGAGACUAACAGAAAUCAAUCUGGAAAAUAUUGGUGUUCGGCAGAAAAUGGAUUAAAUGUUACUAUCAAUGCAAGCGCUGUUCUGAAUGUCCUAUACACACCAAGCUUGAUCACUCUUCCUUCUGAUCAAACUGUUCUCGAGGGUUCUACCGCAACAUUGCCCUGUGCGGCCACUGGAAAUCCAACGCCAAAGAUAUCAUGGAUGAAAGAUGGGAAAACUGUGUCUCAAGAGCAAACAUUGAAAAUUGAAACCAACAGAAAUAAUUCUGGAAAGUACUGGUGUAUCGCAGAGAAUGGAUUGAAUUCAACUGUUAAAGCCAGUGCUAUGCUUCACGUUCAGUGUAAGAUAUGA